CUAGAUGUUCACAGGCCUCCCUUGCAAGCUCACUCUUCUAUAAAACUGCAUUACUCCGAAGCCCUAGAGCGCACACUUCUACACUCUAGUAAUACUACCACACUCAGCAGCAGCCAUGGAGGCGAGCAGCAAGAGGCUCCGGCCCUUUCUCCUCACGCUUCUGCUGCUGCUCUCCACCGCCGUGACGCCCAUCCUCUCUUGCGACUGCGACAAGCCCAAAGCGCCGAAGCCGUCGCACCCGCCCAAGAGCAAGCCCUCCUACCCGUCGCCCAAGCCCAAGAACCCCAAGCCGCCCAAGAACCACAAGCCGCCCAAGGGCCCCACCUACCCGUCUCCGGUGAACCACCCGCCCAAGAGCCCCUCCUACCCGCCGGUCGUCGGCCGGCCCAAGGGCCCCGUCACGCACCCGCCAGUCGUCGGACGACCACCGGUGACUCGCCCGCCCGUCGUCGGACGACCACCGGUGACUCGCCCGCCCGUCGUCGGACGACCACCGGUGACGCGCCCGCCCUUCGUCGGCCCACCUGUCACGCGUCCGCCGGUGACAUACCCGCCGAUCCCCACCCCUCCGGUCGUGGGCCCCCCGGUCACCUACCCGCCGAUCACUGGCCCUCCGACGACGCCUCCGGGCACCGGCCCACCGGUCACGUACCCUCCCAUCACCGGCCCGCCGUCCACGAUGCCUCCUGUCACCGGUCCACCCGUCACGUACCCGCCCGGCGGCGGUGGAGGCAGCACGACGCCUUGCCCACCGCCACCACCGCCUGUGACCCCGACGCCGUCGUCGCCGACAUGCCCGGUGGACUCGCUGAAGAUCGGUGCGUGCGUGGACCUGCUGGGCGGGCUGGUGCACAUCGGCCUCGGCGACCCGGUUGUGAACAAGUGCUGCCCGCUGCUGGAGGGGCUCGUGGAGCUGGAGGCGGCCGUGUGCCUCUGCACCACCAUCAAGCUCAAGCUCCUCAACAUCAACAUCUACCUGCCCAUCGCGCUCCAGCUCCUCCUCACCUGCGGCAAGGCGCCGCCGCCCGGCUACACCUGCACCGUCUGAUCAACCCUCCCAUCCAUGCAUGCAUGCAUGUAUGUACGGCUCUUUGGAGUGCGGCGUUGCUUUGGUAGUUUGAAGAGAGAUCGACAUGAGAGGAUGCCGUCUGCUUCCUACCAGCUAGGCCCUAGGCUCCAGUGGAGGGACAGGCCGAUCAGCUAAAGACGAAUGGAUUGAUCUCUCCGUGUCUGUUUAACUUUGUUGUAGUUUUUAACUUGUUUAGUUGUUAAUUUUGAGUUUGGUCUCUGCUUGAUUUGUGGUUUGGUUAAGUUUGAUGCGAGAGGGGUGAAGAUCAAUUGUUUGUAUCAUCAUGAACUCAUGAUGAAGAGCAAGGACGAGCGAGACUCGUGUUGCAUAUCUUCAAUAAUCUGCAGAUCGACUACUUGUUUUUGUC